GCGCGUCUCGCAAACUGCCGCGUUUCUGUUCCGGGGCUUGUGACAACGUGGGAACACUGGUCAUUGAUAUCGUCAAUUAAUGAGGUCAAAUGCGGCAAAAUGGUUGAUACGAGCUCUAGUCAAUUCAUCGUGGAGGGCUUCUCCUUGCUAGGAGUAUCGAUGUUCCUGAUCGCGUUACGAAUCGUGGCACGAUGGGUUAUGGUGGGAUGGAAGAAUUUCCAAGCAGAUGAUUAUUUAAUGGUUUUGGCUGGUAUGGUCUAUACAAUGGAAACAGUUGCUGCAUAUGCGGUAGUUGAUUGGUAUCAUGGUCUUGCCAAUAGCUCGAUGACUGAUGAACAACGUGCGAGCCUGUCACCUGAUUCCGACGAAUACCAUUGGCGCGUUGGUGGCUCUAAGGUUCAAGUGAUUGGCUGGUCAUUAUAUGUCACAACCUUAUGGUUGCUAAAAGUAUGCAUGUCAGUUUUCUAUUCACGCCUUACGGACGGUUUACCCUUUAUGCGAAUCCGAAUCCUUAUCUCAUACGUAUCGAUCGCUGUGACCUAUGUUGUUGUGCUUGUUGUCAUACUUGCAGGCUGUCACCCUAUGCACAAGAAUUGGCAAAUAUACCCCAAUCCAGGAAAUGGCUGCCAACCAGCUGUUGCCAAGCUACAUAUCUACUUCACCGUUAUCCUGAAUGUGAUCACGGAUAUCGAACUCAUGAGCAUACCUAUCCCCAUGUUGGCGAAGGCCAAGAUGCGAUGGCGAGAAAAGGCGCGACUUUUGGUUCUUUUCAGUGGAGGACUGUUUGUCAUGACGGCUGGAAUUCUACGAUGCGCUUUAAUCUUGACGGGAGGAUCCAGAAGUGCCGCAGAAGGCGCUGCCUGGGCUCGACGUGAAUCCUUUGUGGCGGUCGCUGUAGGAAACCUUCCUAUGAUAUACCCUCUUGUCCGUCGCCUCGCUCGCAAGGCCGGAUUGAUUGUUAGUCAAGGCAGCUCCCGGGACUAUCCUCGUCAAACGCAAUCUCAAAGCGCCCUGCAGUCGCAAAUUCGGAAAAAGAGCAGCUAUCCACUAGUGUCUCGGAAGAAUAACGAGUGGAGCGCGCUUGAUGAUGAACUUGUUAGUCUCGAUACCGGCCGAACGGAGCCUGCCACACAUGUUACAGCAAAAAGUGAUUGGGACAAGCACGAUGUGAAAGACCAAGGCCCUGGAAUUCAAGUGGUCUCGGAGACGAUAAUUGAGAGGACAUAG